AUUCCGUUUCCAGUAAUUUCUACGGUCGGAGUUAAAAAGCGACCGAGUAUUCUAGAAAAAGUAACGUUACAGGCAUAAGAAAGAACUGUGCUCGACAGAACACAGAUACAGUAUUGCGGUUGCAGACACUUUAACAUUUGCCACUCACUAAAAUGAUCUUUGCAUUUUAGUUGAGAACAUAGCUAGCACUAAAGUAGCAAGUAUAUUAGCAAGAUAUAUUACUGUUUUCCCCCGUCUGAACAAGAGAUGGCCAAGUGGGGAGAAGGGGACCCUCGCUGGAUUGUGGAGGAGAGAGCCGAUGCGACUAACGUCAAUAACUGGCAUUGGACGGAGAGGGAUGUGACACACUGGUCGUCGGACAAGCUGAAGGAGCUGCUCGUGGGGGUGCGCACGGAGAACGACGAGGGAAGCUGUGAGGUCACAGAGGUCAGCAAGCUGGAGGGAGAGGCCUCCAUCAACAACCGCAAAGGGAAGCUCAUCUUCUUCUACGAGUGGAGCAUCAAAGCCACGUGGACUGGAAAGUCGAAAACCGGAAUCAAAUAUAAAGGCAACAUAGAAGUUCCAAACUUUUCAGAUGAGAAUGACAUGGAGGAUUUGGAUAUAAGUGUGACGCUUGGCAAAGAUGAACCAGAAACGCCUCUUACAGGGCUCAUGAAAAAUGAAGGGGCAGAUAAAAUCCGGGCUGCACUGGGGAGCUAUGUGGGUUUCCUUAAAACAGAGUUUACCCAAGGCAUGAUCCUUCCCACGGCGAAUGGUUUGUGCAAGCAACAGUCAUCAGAAUCCAAGACCAAAGUGGACCAAACCCAGAUUGGCUCUGGUAGCUCAGCUCCUCCGCCCAGCUCUGGGGUAAAGAUACCUACCUGCAAGUUCAGCCUGAAGGAGACCUUCCUCACCUCCCCUGAGGAGCUCUACAGAGCCUUUGUCAACCAGGAGAUGGUGCAAGCAUUCACACAUGCACCAGCCAUGGUGGACCCACAGAAAGGGGGGAGAUUUCGCCUGUUGGACGGGAACAUCUUCGGAGAGUUUCAGGAGCUGGUACCUGAUCAAAAGAUUGUCAUGAAGUGGAGGUACAACACCUGGCCCUGUGAGCAUUAUUCCAUGAUCAUCCUGAACUUUCUGGACCAUGGAAACGAGACGGAGCUGAAGGUGGAGUGUGCAGGAGUGCCGGAGAGCGAGGAGGACCGCACUAAAUGGGGCUGGCGGCAGUACUACUUUGAGGCGAUCAAACAGACUUUUGGUUACGGAGCACGGCUCUGCUGAAGAUGCGCUCCAUGGUAUUAUUCCUCUUGUAUGACAAAAGAAUUUGAAAUCAUGCAAAAUGUGAAGAGAAAGGAAACGUCAUAAGUUCAUUGCUUUCAUUUGUAGAAGUUAUUAUUUUAGCACCUGCUGUAAAGCAAGUAUAAAUGAACGGUGCCUUUUUUAGGGACUACUGUACAACUCGGCGCAGUUGUUUGACAUGACAUGACAUGAAAUUAAGAAAGUGAAAAGGAAACUCUGAACCACUAAAUCAUUGUUUAUUUCUGAUGUAUGUAAAGAAAAGGUUUAUGCUUGCUUUGUUCGUUUGUACUUCUACACAUUGCUAUGAGUAAUUGUGAGUUUAUAAAACAACUGUUCUCUUUAAAUAUCACCUCACUGGUUCUAUAUGAAUGUCCAUCUUCUUAAGUACUGUGUUCAUAUCUGAUGUUGACCUUUAUGUUCGAAGCCAGAACUCAAACCCAGGUAUUAUGUCAACCUUCAGACAACUGCAAGACACUGCUGUUCCCUGUCCAAUUUAAAUCAUGUUCAUUUUAUUUGGUUCUUUGCAUUUGGAUGAGACUUGCUUUCCUUCUGGGAAAAUAACUAUGAAUCAGCCUACAACUGAAAACUGUUAAAUAAAAAGACUUCAGUAAGAAGCCAAAAAAUGUGUUGCUGUGAACAUAUUUCCUAUGCAGACUCCGUACUAUAGUUGUAGUGCAGAGGUCUCUCCUUUUGGAUUAUUACUAAAUGUGUACUUUUGAAGAAAUAAUAUAUGAUCUAUAAGAGCAUUGUCGACCAUGUUUUAAUUUAUUUAAAUAUUUCAACCUCUGUGGUAUUAUUUGUGACAUGAACCCUCAUGGAUUUCUUAUAAUAAAAAUCUUUCAUCCUCUUAA